GACGUCACUUGCUCUACAUUACAUCAAAUCUUGGAUUUUGGCGACUGCUCCACAGUCGACCAGGCAUGGUUGCGCCCAAGCCAAAUAAUGGCAGUCACCCAUCUGAGCGCACCCCUUUACUUGCCUCCAACUCUGACCCCGACGACUCCCGACCGCGAGGUGAACAUCAUGGGCAUGCAUCUGUCUCUCCCGGCCGCGACUACGCGGAUGACACCGCGAUAGGAGAGCUUGGACAGGGAGCUCUUGACAUUCCCACGUUUCCAGUGCUGGCCAAAAGAAGAAGCUAUUCACAUAGCCAUUGGCUGGCCCCAGAUGAGGACCCGAGUACAAUUGAGGAGCGGCAGGAACCGACUCGGUUUCAGGAGAAUGGUAUUCUAGAAGGCAUCACGAAGCCUAGGUUUAGGUUUGUAUAUGGUGGUAUAUUGCUUGGCUACUUUAUUGCAAUGUUUGAUUCGACGCUGAUGGCUUCGAGCCAUCCAGUCAUCACCUCCUAUUUCCAUGCAUCCAAUUCGGCGUCCUGGCUCUCUACAGCGUUUCUACUUACUUCGACGUCCUUUCAGCCCCUCUUUGGUAGAGUAUCGGAUACCAUCGGCAGGCGUCCAUUGUACCUCUCUGGCCUACUAUUUCUCGGAGCAACGACUGCGUGGUGUGCCCUGGCGCAGAGUAUCGGCAGCUUCAUCGCAGCCAGAGCAUUCUGUGGCCUUGGUGCUGCCGGUGUGUUAGCAAUGGGCAACAUCAUGACCAACGACCUCGUCGGCAUCGAAGUCAGGGGCACUUACCAAGCCUACAUCAACCUCUUCUACGGCGGAGGUUCUGCCGCCGGCGCCGCCUUCGGAGGCUUCCUCUGCGACACCAUCGGCUGGCGCAUGACGUUUGCCAUCCAGAUCCCCGUCAUCCUCCUCCUCUUCGUGAACGGGCUCUUCACCACUCCUUCCACCUUGGGUCCCAACCUCGCAGCCCGCGCCGGCAAAGGCAUCCGACACGCCAUGAAAGGCUUCGACAUCGCCGGCUCGAUUCUGCUAGCUGGCUCCGUGGCGUUCUUGAUCUUAGGCCUCAACCUCGGAGGCAACGUCUACCCCUGGAAGCACCCCCUAGUAAUAACCUCCCUCGUCAUCGCCGUCAUCGCCUUCACCAUCCUUCUCUACGUCGAAUCCCGCGCCGCACGACCCGUCAUGCCACUGGGGAUGCUCCACAGCGCUCCCCGCGGCAACCUCGUCUUCCACAACUUCUUCGCCCAGCUAGGCUUCAACACCAUCAUCUUCAACGCCCCCUUGUACUUCCAAGCCGUCAAGCUCGAAUCCCCUUCCGUCUCCGGGUUCCGUCUCGCGGGGCCCACCGUCGCCCUCACCAUCUGCGGCGUCUCGGCCGGCUUCAUCAUGGCCGCCACGGGCCGCAUGAAGUGGCUCAUCGUCGUGGGCUCGCUCAGCACGCUGCUCGGCGCCAUCUGCUUAUCCCUCAUGUGGGACUCGAUACCUACCUGGCUGGCCACCAUCUUCCUCGGUCCCGCGAGUAUCGGCCAGGGAUUGUCGUUUCCGGCGACGAGCCUGGCGGUGCUGGCGACGAGCAGCCAGGAGGACCAGGCGGUGAUGACGAGUACGCUCACCCUGUGGCGGAGUCUUGGGGUCGUGAUGGGCGUGAGCGCGAGCAGUGUUGUGCUGCAGAAUGCGCUGGGGGUGUAUCUGGAGAGGUUUGUCGAGGGGAGCGAUAAAGCGGAGGUUAUAUUGCGCGUACGCAAAUCCGUCAAAGCUAUUCAUGACUUGAGACCCGUGCAGCAGGGACAAGUAAUCAAUGCCUAUGCCCGCAGCCUGAGAUUAACCUUCAUCUCCGCCAUCUUUGUCUUCGUCAUCGUAAACGUUCUAGUGUUCCCCAUCAAGCUGCCGAAUCUGAAGAAGCGGCCCGCUGAAGAGGAACAGCAGGGUGAGGACGAAGGAAGUCGACUUCUUGGGUCAGACGAUCAGGGUUAGGGAACUGAGUAGCGGUGGGCGAUGAAAUGAGGGUGAUAUCGAUCCAAGGAAGCCACUGCGCAGUAUUAAGAAUCCAAAGAAACUACUCCUUGCUGCUAUGACGCCUCUACAGUUGCUCCAAGACAGUAAUCAUGAACCUCUGAAGCUCAAAUAAAUCCCUACUACCUCCA